CGUGGCUGGCUGGAGGAGAAAACAGCCAGUGGGUGGGCUGGGCUGUGGUCCUCGCUGCUUUCGGCUUUGUUUUACAUCGCAAAUAGCGCCGACGGGAGUGUCUAAACCCAGUGUACGGACGCACAAACUCCGCAGAAUGAGCUAGAAGCCGCGCUCCGUGUGCGCCAGUGCACUGAAACAUGGGUCUUUGCGGCGUCCACGUCCUUCUGCUGCUCUUGCUGCAGGCUCUGCGGACAUCAGCUGAGGACUCAGAUGGACAGUUGGCGUGUCUGUGUGAAGGCCCUAAAUGCCUCCAGGACACCCAGUGCCACGGCACCCAGUGCUUCUCCUCUGUCAAAGUUGGUAGCAGCGGGACAGUGUUCGAGCGAGGCUGCCUGAAGGGACCGGAGAAAAUCCGUCUGCUGUGCUCCAUAUCUCCCACCUACCAACAGGUCAUCGUCUGCUGCUCCAAGGACCAGUGCAACGUCAACACCACCAGGCGCUUUCUGAUGUCUCUGCUUCCAACAGCUCCAGAAGGGGAGCCUGUCCGGUAUCGUGUGGAGACAUUAGCUCUCUUUGUACUGGGCCCUGUGGUGGUUCUGGCUCUGCUGUCUGUUGUGUCAGUUCUGGCCUGCAGGAGGCUCCACCACGGGCGUCUGCAGAGACUGCAGGAGUUUGACACGGAGCAGGGGGCCAUAGACGGUCUCAUCACCUCCAAUGUGGGAGAUAGCACUUUAGCGGACCUGUUGGAUCACUCAUGUACGUCAGGCAGUGGUUCAGGUCUUCCUUUCCUCGUCCAGAGAACUGUGGCCAGGCAAAUCAGUCUGGUGGAGUGUGUAGGAAAGGGAAGAUAUGGAGAGGUGUGGCGAGGCCAGUGGCAGGGGGAGAACGUGGCCGUGAAAAUCUUCUCUUCGAGAGAUGAGAAGUCGUGGUUUAGAGAGACAGAGAUCUACAACACAGUGCUGCUGAGACAUGAAAAUAUCCUGGGGUUCAUGGCUUCUGACAUGACCUCUCGAAACUCCAGCACUCAGCUGUGGCUCAUCACCCACUACCACGAAAACGGUUCCCUCUAUGACUACUUGCAACGAGUUGCCGUGGAGACGUCGGAGGGCCUGGCGAUGGCGGCGUCGAUAGCCUGCGGGCUGGUGCACCUGCACACGGAGAUCUUAGGGACCGAGGGCAAACCGGCCAUCGCGCACCGGGACCUGAAGAGCAAAAACAUUCUGGUGACCAAGGAGCUCCGCUGCUGCAUCGCAGACCUCGGGCUGGCUGUGACCCACUCGCAGGCAGACAACCUGCUCGAUGUGGGCAACAAUCCGAAGGUUGGCACCAAACGCUACAUGGCACCUGAAGUGCUGGACGAGACCAUCCAGACCGACUGCUUCGACGCCUAUAAGAGGGUGGACAUAUGGGCCUUCGGACUGGUGCUGUGGGAGAUAGCGCGGCGCACGUACAGCAACGGUAUCGUGGAAGAGUACAAGCCUCCGUUCUACGAUCAGGUGCCAAACGACCCCAGCUUCGAGGACAUGAGGAAAGUGGUGUGUGUGGAGCAGCAGAGGCCUUUCAUUCCUAAUCGUUGGUUCUCUGAUCCUACUCUCUCUGCUCUGGUGAAACUGAUGAAGGAGUGCUGGUACCAGAACCCCUCGGCCCGGCUGACGGCGCUGCGCAUCAAGAAGACCCUGGACAAGAUUCACAGCUCUCUGGAGAAGGGCAAGGAGUCGUGAGAGGGCGAGAAGUUUCUGCGGGAUGUCGGGCAUCGGCGUCGUCGCCGCCACGGCCGAGUGCGUCAAAACGAGAAAAAAACGCGAUUACACGCUCAGAAAGAGGACUUAGAGGAUAGAGUCGCCCCAGUGUCAUCCAGCCUCAUCCUUCUCUCGCUUUCUCUUCUUUUCUCUGUGGUUGCCUUCCGCCGACAUCCCUCUGUUAAACUUGAAGCCCACACGGACGUUUUGGACCCGUCUGAAUAAGCCAGCCUUUGCUACGGGACACAAAAAACAAGUCGCCAGCGUGUUCCCACCGACUUGAACUGUUACUGAGUGUGAACCGAUGGCAUAUCGUAGUACCGCCCUAAAUGCUUUAACGCCCGUUUAAGACUGCUCUGGGUUUGGCCUUCCUACACACACACACACACACACACACACACACACACACACACACACCAAACACCACAUACCGAGCGAUCUCUUCCAGUCGAGUUUCUGAUCUCCAGACGGCGUUGUUUUGACGUGGCGUUCUGCUCGGAGACAAUCAGAAAUAUCUCACUCGUUUAGCUUUACUGUAACAUGCCAACCAUCGCCACAAACAAACACUACAAAAGGAAAAGAGCCAAUAGAAUCAAUAUUGUUUUUAAAUCUUUUUUUAAAGAAAAAAUAAAAAAACACUACGAUAUUUAUGUAUUGAAUCUCCACUGCUACCACACUACUGAGGAUAUGUAAGACUGACGUAUGAUGGUGCGUGAAACUGACUGUAUACAUAUAUAGGCAUUUACUCUACUGGACUUUCUGUACCCUUAAUGUCAUUAUUGGAUCGAGUAACAAGUGUUGAGGAGUAGUCGAAGUGUCGUGUGGAAAACGGACUUAUUAGAGACACAUCCAGUACCUGAGAAUAGGAAGUAGUGCGUAUCUUAAAAUAGGAAUAUGAAACGAACUGAUCCUCUCUGCUCGGCAUACUUCAUAAACGCACUGUGGCAGAUUAGAAAACGUCUUCUGUGCAAGCAGAGAGGAAUCAAGGAAGACUUGUUCGUGGUAACGUUGACAUUAGUUUUUUUUUUUUUUUUAUUAAGAUACUGGAGGUAAAAUCUUCCUGUAGUGAGCUGGGCCUCCGUUUACUUUUCUCCAGUCAUGCCACACUGUACAAGUUGCCUGGAUGAUGAAAAAAAAACACUCCAUCUUUGUUUGGAAACUGUUUUACUGAAGAUUAGUUUUAAAACAAACAAAAAAAACGACAAUUGCCUACAAAGGAAUUUAUUCACAAAUGCUGGCUUUGUUUUGGAACAAAAAAAAAUGUUGCUUUGUCUUUUUUAUAUGUAAUAAAACAUUUACUGCA